AUGUCCGGCGCUAUCCGAGCCCUGCCCAACCGGGCAACCAAAGCCGCCUCCCUCCUCCGCACAAUUCAAUAUACUCAUCCCCCAAACUGCCCAUGCCACUCCAACCCCGGCCAUCACCACCACACCCAGCACCAACAAAGAACCCAGGUCACCCGCUUCGCGGAUAGGGUUCAGAAUGGCGGCAAGAGGGGAUAUGCCACCCCGACUCAGGACCCUUCCAAGCUGAAGGAGUACGCCUUCGAAAUGGCUGCCUCUUCCAUCCGGUUCGGUCCCGGGGUGACGAGGGAAGUAGGCAUGGAUCUGAGCAACAUGGGGGUCAGAAAGGUCGCCGUCGUGACAGACAAGACAGUGGACCAGCUGCAGGCGAUGAAAGCGGUUCGGGAGGCACUCGACAGCCAGCCAGGGAUUGAGUACCAAGUCUUUAACCAAGUCAAGAUCGAGCCCAAAGAUUAUUCCAUCAAAGAAGCCAUCGCCUGGACCCUCCCCUACAACCCCGACGCCUUCCUCGCCGUCGGCGGCGGCUCCGUAAUCGACACCGCCAAGCUAAUGAACCUCUACUCCUCCUACCCCGAAGCCAACUUCAUGGACUUUGUCAACGCCCCGCUCGGCCUCGGCCGCCCGAUAGACCGCAAGCUAAAACCCCUAAUCGCCAUCCCAACCACGGCCGGAACCGGCUCCGAAACAACCGGCACCGCCAUCUUCGACCUCGCAUCCCGCAAGGCGAAAACAGGCAUCGCCCACAGAAACCUCAAACCCACGCUUGGGAUCUGCGACCCCCUCAACACGGCAACCAUGCCCUCGGCUGUUAAGGCCGCUUCCGGUCUGGACGUGUUAUGUCACUCCCUAGAAUCAUGGACCGCAAUCCCGUAUUAUGAACGCACACCCCGCCCUACAAACCCCAUUUUACGGCCGGCAUACCAAGGCUCGAACCCCAUUUCCGAUAUUUUUAGUUUGUCCGCGCUGAGGUCAACGGUCAAAUACCUCCCCCGCGCGGUCAGAGAUCCGGAAGACACGGAGGCACAGUCGGAGAUGCUCCUCGCUGCCACCCUUGCCGGUGUCGGGUUUGGCAAUGCAGGUGUUCACCUCUGUCAUGGGAUGUCGUACCCUAUCUCGGGGCAGAACAAGGGGUAUAAACACGCCGGUUAUGACGUCAACGAUCCGAUUAUUCCCCAUGGUGUCAGCGUGGCGGUGACUGCGCCUGCGGUGUUCAAGUUUACGGCGGCGAGUAACCCUGAUCGACAUCUCCAGGCGGCGGAGGCGUUUGGGGUUGAUGUGAGCAAUGUCAAGAGGGAGAGCGCCGGGGAGGUGUUGGGCGAGGCGAUUAAAAAGUUUUUGGAGGAGCUGGGGGAUCAACCCAGGGGGUUGGGCGAGCUGGGGUUUGAGAGGAAGGAUAUUGAGGGGUUGGUCGAGGGGACGAUACCGCAGGCUAGGGUGCUGGUUUUGGCUCCCGGGUUGGCAAAGGAGUUGGAACAGGAGAGGGAGGAGUUGGGGCAGCUGUUUGAGGAGAGCUUGAAGCAUUAG